AUGGGUAUCGCUGCAUUUUUAUCAAUGGAGGCAUCACUGCGUGAUUCCCCUCGAACGCCUGGAGAGAUGAGCAGCGAGAAAGAUAGCAGUGACACUCCGUCUCCGGAUCCGACGGCAAAUGAACCAGGCGACAUUCUCACAGUGGACCCCAUCAUCUGCAGUGUCCCCGAUCCGUCUCCCAUGUGUUGUGGCUGCUGCGUCCCUCAUGCAUGGACGACCCCGAAAGAAACGCCAGCGUUAGUGGCCGAACAUGAACGACAGGGUCGUCGAAUCGCCCUGAAGGAUGGCAGUUCUGUCUUUGUCCGAGAUGAGACUCCCCAGGAUAGUGUCAAGAUGACUGUCGUAAUGGUCCAUGGAGUCCCAGCGUCUAGCUUUCUCUACCGCAAGUUCUUUGCUCCCUUGGUAGCUGAGGGAUAUCGCGCCAUUGCCUUUGACUUGCCAGGCUUGGGACUUAGCGAUAAGCCCUUGGACCGAGACUAUUCGUGGCCCGCCAUGGCUGAAACGCUGCACGAAAUCAUGGGGCACGAAGAUCUAGCCAUCAACACAAAGAUCCACAUGGUCAUUCAUGAUAUCGGUGGCCCGAUUUCUGCUCUCUACGCCGCAGAUCAUCCAGAACGCGUCGAAUCCAUCACGGCGUUGGAUACCUUGCUGGACAUUGCCAGCUUUAGUCCCCCCUUUCCCAUGUUCUUCUUUCCCAUUCCAAUCAUUGGCAAUAUUGCCAUUGCCUCCAUGACACCUUGGGUGCUACGACAGUUCAUGUAUCUACGAGGUGUGGCCGACACGGAAGCGUGCGACCACGAAGAAGCCAUGGCUUGGGUAUUCUUGCUCAAACGACAAAAGGGAGCCGCGUCCUUUUCCAAAAUCAUGAAGUCGUUCCCUUCGGGGAAAAGCAAAAAGCAAGAGCUAACCAACAAAAUUCAACAAGCGCUAGGAACGGAACAACAACUUCCCAUGCAGGUUAUCUGGGCGCAAGGUGAAGUUGCCAUUCCUCAAUCCCAGUGCGAGUACAUUCGCGAGAAAUUCCAUGUCACGGGAGAUACGCAACACGUUCCUGGACGACACUUUUUCCAACUCGAAAGUGCAGAGACAAUCGUACAGCACAUUCAUCAAUUCUUGCAGGAACGCCAACAACAAUAA